AUUGUCUACUUUUGUUCCAACUUUUAGAACACCAUUGGCAUAGCCCUAAGGGUCUCCUAUGUUCGCCUUUAUCCCCACAACGAACCACACUAAAACUGCAAUCCACGGGAAAAAUGCGUGUUAUUGUACAACACUACAGCAGAAGCUUGAGCAUCAGUCGUUAUGCAUUUUCAUUGUAAUUGCCGAUUCGUUGUUAUUUGAAAAGAUCUCCAAAAGAAUAAACAGGUGGUGUAUUAUUAAUAAGGCAUGUGUAUUGAAUCGCAAGUUCACUGACAAUCAAACACAAUUUCUCAAUACUUAAAUAGUUUCCCAUAUAAUGACGAUACAUUGAUAAUAUCCAAUGUUCUGCUUUCUCUCUCCCUUUUGCCUUUCCAUCUAUCUUCCAACUUUUAAAGUAGAAAAUAUUGAACAGUUCGUUUCAUUACUUCCUUACUUUCUUUGUUUAUCUAUAAAGAAAUGAAUUUUUGUCUUCUCAUUUAUUUAUCCUUCUGGUUACAUUCCACCUAUUGUCUAGCUCAGGAUGAACAGAAUUUGUUCUAUCAGUUAUACAAUUUAUUUACUGGUAAUCAAACAUUAACUAAUAUUAUACCAUCCAGUUGGUUAGAUUAUCUUAUUAGUUUGCCUGGAUCUGGAUAUUUCAUCGCAUUUGUUUAUUGGUUACGUCAUCCACUUCUUUUAUGUUUUCUACUUCCAUUUUUAUUAAUCUUUUUUAUUUAUUUCACUGUCAUUUUACUUCAUUUAUACCAUUUACGUUUUUGGUUACGUCGUCAUUUAAAUCGUUUAUUGUCCAAGUUCAGACAGUCGUCAACUUCACCAUCAAUAUCUAUAUCAUCUACUAGUCACAUAUAUUUAGAUUCACUAGCAGAAUUAUUACGUCGUAUUGUUGCUGCUGUAUGGGAUGCCCAUGGACGUAUAUUUCACGGUUAUGAAGUAAUUGGUAUGGAGAAAUUACCACCAAAUGGACCAGCUUAUUUAGUUUAUUAUCAUGGAACAUGUCCAUUUGAUGCAUAUUAUUUUACAUCGAGAUAUUGUAUUGAAAGAGAUAGAUUUCCUGUUCCUGUUGUAGACAGAUUUUUAUUUCGUGUACCUGGACUUGGACGUUUAUUAGAAACAGUCGGUGCAAUUAAAGGUUCUGUUGAUGAAUGUGUCGCUCAUCUGCAACCAGGUCAUAUUCUCAAAAAUGGUAAAGUUUCACAAGGUGAUGUAUUAUUAAUCUCUCCCGGUGGUGUUAGAGAAGCUUUAUUCUCUGAUGAAUUUUAUACAGUUAUGUGGGAGAAUCGUCGAGGUUUUGCACGUAUUUCUUUAUUAUCUGGACAACCUAUUUAUCCAAUGUUUACAGAAAAUAUUCGUGAAACCAUAAGAAUUGUACAAUUUGGCAAAGGUUGGUGGCGUAGCUUAUAUGAAAGGACACGAUUACCGUUAGCCAUAUUUUAUGGUUAUUUCCCUGUUAAACUUAGAACCUAUAUUGGUGAUCCGAUUUAUCCAUUGCCAAAUGAAACAUCUGAUGAAUUAGCUAGUCGAGUUCGUAUAUCCAUUGAAGAACUUAUCAGUAGGCAUCAGUUAAUACCGGCAAAUCUUUUUUGUGCUAUUAUGCAACGAUUCCCUGUAUUCGAUCGUUGGUUAACAAAAUAUAAACUUAAACUAUUUUAUCAUUAUCAUCAGCAUCAAAGACAAACAUGAAUAUCAGUUCAAAACUUUGUCCGACAAAUGUCUUUUUGUUCUAAUUUUGAUUUCAAACAAAAUUGAUUCAAUGUACAAAUAAAAUUUUGGUAUUCAGAACUAGAAAUACAACUAAUCGGGUGACCAAACUGAUAUCAGUAGAGUGCAAUUUGAAACUAAAACCCGAUUGAUUGGACAGUGAGUGAUUUAACUGGUGAAUCAUUGAGUACACGUUGAACUACUACGGAAUAGUAACUAGUACAAUCUACCCAGAAAUGCAUGUAGAAAGCAUACGUGGCUACUAAUAAAAAACCUCGUUAG